AUGAGUAGUUUUAGCACUAAUGAACUACACAAUGAUUAUGCGAGCAAAAUUUCGCAGCGGCUUUUUGAAUUGGUAAAACCUUUUUGCACCGAGUUGUCUCAACAGACAUCAUUAAAUCAAACAUCUUUCAAUGAAAGUCGAGUAUUAUCAUUAUUAGUGUCCAUUGAAACGGCAUGGAGGCAGUUUAACGAGGAGAUGGAAAAAGGAAAUGUGGUUAAUAAUGUUGAAUCCUUGGCAAUUGCGCCAAAGUUGGCUGACUAUAUUUUCUUCCCCAUAUCCAGUCUACUCAAACAACCACUGCUCAGUGACUCCUUAGUUCAACACAUUCUCGCAAUCAUAGACUUAUUGAUCCAAUAUUGUUGGAAGUUUGAUGCCAACUAUGCAUUGAUGGACCAGCUUCUUCCGUUGGUGCUUUUUCUCUCCGGAGCAAUUGCCAACAAGCAAACCUCAAAUAUUGGAGGAAAGUCAUUGCAAUUCAAAUUGGUGGCCAUAAAUACAUUAUCAGGACUUGCAAACAUUUUGGGACAAUCGUAUUUUGAAGCUUCAGGCAAAAGGCUUCAUUUUCUAAGUGAUUCUUUGUCGCUAUCGCUUGACGUGAUCACAUCCACAAAAGCAGCAGACUUGGAAUCGAUUGAAGUAUUAAACCUGGCGCUUGAUCUAAUUUCUUUGCUUCUCAAACGAUUAUCACCAGAACAAAUAUCUAUGAUUCUACCUGGCUUGACUUCCUCGAUUGCAAAAUUUGUCUCUUUGAACUCUAGUAACAGUUUCAAGGUAAUGGUAAAAAUUCUACAUAUUCUAGGCAUGGUCAUUACCCAAUCCUUUAACGAUACACAAUUAAAUGCACAGCUCGAAGUCGAGUCCGAGGAUGGCGAGAACGAGGAAAGUUUGUUAAAUAUGGAAGUGAAUUGGGAUGACGAUAUCAGUACAAUUGAUGCGUCAUCAUUGUUGGCAAAUGAAGAAAGAGGAAUACAUAUUACUGAGAAAGAUCAGCGAACCAUGUCAUGGCUUAAAGCAACUUCAAAGCAAUUAAGAAUGUCGUUGAUUGUUGUGUUCAAAACAAUGCUUCUUAACCCCACUAGUAGAUCGAGGCUCAACUCGAAACCCGAAUUGUCUAAACUGGUUAUCACGUUUAUUGCAAAUAUAUUGCAAUCAAGCUUUGUAAGUUUGUUUCUUGAAGUGACACCUUUAAUGCUUGAUUUAUGCGUCGUCUUGCUUCAUGCAUCUCUCUAUGAAUCCGAAGAAUGCAAUGAAAAGAUAUGGCAGGUAGUUGAAAAUAUCCGACUAAGUUUUGACAAUGGCAACCACAACAAUAAUAACAAUAACAGUAACAAUAACAACAGUGAUCAUAAUCACAAUACCAAUGCAAAAACAAGGGCAUUACGGGAGUUGGUGAAAUCAAAGUUAGACGACUUACUCGAUAAUAAGCUAUCCCAACUUGUUUUCUCAACAGACGAGGACAAGAUUGCCAUGACUGUGAUGGCAAUUAAAUUUUAUUUUCCACUAUUUCUUGAACUAUCGCGACGUGACCGACAGCUCCUAGACGAAGUUGUGUCACUAAAAAAACAAUGCCUUCGAGUAUUACUUCAAAAUACAGUAGAACAAGUAAAAUAUGAGACAACAAAGCGACCCAAAUCGAACUUUCAGCUGAAUAUAUCUGCCGGACAUAUCCAGAACAAGGAACUGAAUCUACUUGACUCCAUUGAGCUUCCAGGAUAUAUUAACGCCAGAAAUGUGAAGGUACAAGAUCAAAAAGUUUCCAAGCCUAAAGAUUUGGUUUCAUCACACGACUUACAACUCUUGGCUCGUCAAUGGGAGACCCGUGCUUCCACGGAUCUGGACGUGAGCAGCGAUGAAAGCUAUAUUGAUAUUAAAUCACCGUACCUUGAAACGUGCUUGAAGCUGUUGAUAAAGUUCUUAUCGGAACUCAAAGACGGCAGUGAAGUAUUAGAUAUCUUGGAGCAGGUAUUUGAAGACUCAGACUUGUCAUUCACUUCCUCAUUUUCACUUGAUCCACAAAGUUCAUUAUCCCAGGGUAUUGCAUUAUGGUUUGCUGGGCUCUAUGCAACGAAUUCAUUUUCUAAAAAUUCAUAUUUUGACACAUCAGAGUUUUUGAACUUUGGCGAUGCAAUGGAUACUGAUACAGAGGAUGAUGCUAAUACGACAGAGGAAGAAAAUGAGAGUGCAUACUUGAUGUUAAUGAAAGCAAAGGAGGUAUUAGAUGAGCACGCUUUGCAUCAAAGCAACCCCUUCUCUUCUUCUUCUUCUUCUUCUUUAUCGAUGUCCAUGGCUUCGAGUUUUGAACUUGCACACGUAUCAGCGCUUGAAGCUAUACGUUUGGUUGCUGGUUGCUUACUGCAAGACCAAUAUAGAACAGAUGUUCUAAUGCAAUACUUGCUUCCUAUAUUGCAAUGCUUGACUUUGGUUGAUUAUCCUCGCAUUCAAGGUCAAGCCCACAAGACUUUGCAAACGAUUUUGAACAUUUAUUACUCUGGAUCAAUGGUUGAGAUGAUUAUAGACAAUCUGGAUUAUCUUAUUGACUCUAUCAGUAUGCAAAUGUCAGUGGCUAGCAACCUUACUCCUGCAUUACCUGGAAUUUUGAUGAUUAUUAUAAAAAUUGCUGGUGUUCAAUUAUUACAGUCUAAUCAAUUGACAGAUGUUUUAUCUGAUAUGUUUGUCUUAUUGGACUCAUACCACACAUACAACAAACUAGCUGAAACAUUCUUUUUUGUAUUUGAAACGCUUGUUGAUCAAAUAAAACAAUGCUAUAUUCCUGAGACUCUUCAUAUUGAAGAUCAAUAUUUCAACAACAGCAAAACCCAAUUUAAUCCUUGGGGUAUGACAACUAAAGAAGAAAUGAUUGCAUUCAUUGAAAAAACGGAGAUUGAUCCGUACGGCAUAUAUGAAAGUGAGAAGGAAUACUUUACAAGACCUGGCGACAAACCGUUUUCGGAAAUGAGAAAUGAUUCUGACGAUGAGGAGGAGGAGGAGGAGGAGGGGGAUGAUGGAAAUACCAACGAGACUGAAGGCAAUACUCACGACCAUGAUAGUCAAGAGGCGAAAGAGAAGGAUGUAUGGAUUUCACCCAUACCGAAGGAGAGUUACGAAGUGCUUAAACGAAUUUUCAAAUAUGGGUUCACAUUAUUGACUCAGCCACUGUUUUCAUUAAAGUUUCAGAUUGUAAAAACAUUGAGGCUAAUAUACCCAUUAUUAUGCACUGACUACAAGUUGGUGUUGCCAAUAGUUACAGCACAUUGGCCUGUUUUAACAAGCUUGGUUACUGGUGCUACUUCUCUCUCAAUCUUUUCUCUUCUGUUGGAUGAGAAUGACAAGAAAUUUCCCAAGGAGAAAGUUUAUGUAACAGUUGAGAGUUUGAAGUUUGCUACAGAAAUAAUCAACUAUGAUCUGUCCUACAAGGAAUACUUUUUCAGUAGGAAAUAUGAAGAAACGUUGGAAUUUAUAUUAAAGCACUCUCAUUUAGCUAAUUUAAAAGCUAUAUCUUCUAACAAUAAUAACCAUGGAUCGGUGGAUAAUAAAACACUUGUUGUGAGUGAGAAGGCCAUAUAUAUGUUUCGCAUGUAUCCACAAUUGAAAGAGGCGCUCAUUGAGUUUUUACUAACUGGUGUGCAAUGUUAUGGCAAGACCAUAUCUGAUUUGACGAGACUCGAGGUUAUUCAACUCUCUUUCAAAUUAGGUAUUCCUCAAACUUUUAAACUUAGUAGGGACACUUCAUGUGUUCUUGAAGUUGUUGGAAACUUUUAG